CGUAAUCGGGACGCAAGAUGGACAACCUCGCGAGUGGCAUGGCGACGUGCGUCGCCGAGCUCAAGGACCUCGAGGCCAAGAACAACGUCGAGCGCGCUUUCGCCGCCAAGUUCUGGCAGGCCAACAGCGACUUUAGCCUCGCCCGCGAUGUCCUGUUAGCGGCGGCCGGCAGCAUCAACGCGCAAGUGACCAAGUUCUCGCUCGUCAUGGCCAAGUCCAAGACGCCGACCGAGCGCGAGGCGCAGAGCAUCUGCGAGGCCAUUUACGAUCCGUGCCAGCAGCUCCUUGCCGCGCUCAAGGUCGCCAUCUUUGCCGGCGCCGGCUAUGCCUUGACCAAGGAGAUGAUCGCUGGCUCGCUGCGCAUUGUGAGCACGAUGCAGGAGCUCGUGCGCCUCGUGCAGGUCAAGGAGUUCGCCCGCGUGCCCGAGUUCACGGGUCGCAUCUGGGAUGCGUGCAACUACCUCCCCACCAUCUCCAAGUCCAACUUGAUUGCGACCAAGCGCGUCAUGCUGCAGUCGGUCGCGAUCCUCAACGACACGAUCAGCGAGCUCGACGGUGUCCUCGCGGACCAGGCCAAUGGGCCGACCGAGCGCAACGUCGAAGACGAGGACGAGUAUGCAUUCGACAUGGACGAGACCAUGAGCCCGCUCGAGACGCGCCAGUUCACGCUCGUCCUCGGCCUCCUCAAGAUGGUCCAGGCGAUCACCAAGAAGGGUGUCCUCGCCGUCAACGCGACCGAGACCAACGACGGCCAAGACGGCUUCCUCGACUGGAGCGGCGCGCUGCCGUCGCUCUACGAUGCGGUGAACGACGUCAUCGUCGACAUGGGCGCGGACGUCUCGCCGCCGUUCGAGCAAGACGUGGUGCUCGAGCACGUGGCGCACGUCGAGCGUGUCAGCCUCGCGUGCCUCGCCCAUCUGCGCCAACGGCCGGGAGCCAACGACAUGACCGACUUGGUCAAGGGCGAGGCUGCAUUCAACGCCAAGCUCGCCGAGGUGCGCGACUGUUUGCGGCUCGAGGACGACGAGUAGAUGAGACAUAUCCGAUUUAUACGACGACGACGACGUGCGACUGUG